CCCAGGCCUUUAUAAGGGGUGCAGUGCCUGCAGGAGCCGGCACCAUGGCUCCCUGCACGCUGGCCCUGCUCCUCCUGCUGCUCCUUGCUGGGCCUCCGGCAGCAAAGCCCGCGCCCCCGACCUGCUACUCCCGGAUGCUGGGCCUCAGCAGGGAGAUCACCGGGGACUUCCAGCUCCUGCAGACUGCAGCGCCUGUGGAAGCCUGUGUGCGGUACCUGCCCCGUCUGUACCUGGACAUCCAUAAUUACUGUGUGCUGGCCAAGCUGCGUGACUUCGUGGCCUCACCGCAGUGCUGGAGAGUGGCCCAGGUGGACGCCCUGAAGGACAAAGUGCGGAAGCUCUACAUCAUCAUGAACUCCUUCUGCAGGCGGGACUUGGUCUUUCUGUCAGAUGACUGCAAUGCCUUGGAAUACCCAAUCCCAGUGACCAGCAGCCCGCCAGAUCGUCAGAGAUAAGGCAGCCAGGCCAAAAGAACAACCCAAGAAGAUUGGGCUGUGCCAGCUGUCAGAUCACAAGCCCACAGGCCUCCCUCCCUGUUCCUGAAGUGUCUGAACCUAUCACAGUCUCUCCCUCCUGGAAAGCAGGGUUGAGGCUCCUACCCAGAAGCCUCCUCAGAGCACAGAGUUAGCAGCCAGCUUGGUUACAUCUUGCCAGGGUGGUUAGAGGUGCUGGAGAAAGAGGCUCAGCAGCUUCUUCUUUAUGAAUGAACAAAUAACUAGAGAACAGGCAAACUAGUGUGUCCUUAUUGCUGCUUCGAUUGAAUGGUAGCAUUUUUCUUUCUUGAUAGGAACCUGCUUACACGUAACCAAGCCUCUAUUUUAUAUUUUACCUUCUCCCAGCACUUUUCUUCCUUCUAUUUUAAAAGAAAUCUUAUUACUGCUUUUGAAAUGUAUUUGUAGUGCUGACAGAAACCACUCUUUCAUAGAAAGGUGGUGAAAAUCAAAUAAAGACUAUUUUCACAGUGAGAAA